AUGAUGUUUUUAGAGAGAAUGUCACAGCUAAUUUUGAGUGCAGUACCAAGAGCUGAAUAUUCCAGUUUAUUCAAUGAUUUUGUUGAAUCUGAAUUUUUUCUGAUUGAUGGAGAUUCAUUACUUAUUACAUGCAUAUGUGAGAAAUCAUUAAAACCGGGGCAGGAGCUCCACUUCUUUUAUCUGGUUGAAUACUAUCUUAUGGAUCUUGCCAGUAAAGGAGGACAAUUUGCCAUAGUUUUCUUCAAGGAUGCUGAGUAUGCAUAUUUCAACUUCCCAGAACUUCUUCCAUUGAGAACUGCUUUAAUUCUUCAUCUUCAGCAUAAUACCACCAUUGAUGUUCGAACAAAAUUUUCUGGAUGCCUGUCACAGGAGUGGGAGGCUUUCUUGGAAGACACUUACCCAUAUUACCUAGUAGUUGCAGAUGAAGGCCUGAACCAUCUACAAACAUACCUUUUCAACUUUUUAAUUACUCAGUCUUGGGCGAUGAAGGUCAACGUUGUGCUUUCCUCAGGGCAAAAAUCUGAUAUUCUUCGACUUUAUGCAUAUCUUAUGCCAAGCAGUCAGAAAAACCAAAAAUUUUUCAAAGAGAAUAAAAAGAAGAUUGAGAGUGCUUAUAAAACCCUGAUUAAACAAUUGGAAGAGUAUAGAAUUUCAGCACUAGAAUCUCUUUUUGGAAAAUUAAAAUGGAAAAAUAUGAUGAAAGAGGCACAUGAAACUAUUUCUCAGCUUAAGCAACUCUGGCCAGAAGGAUCUGACAUUCGACGUGUUCUUUGUGUUACUUCAUGCUCAUUGUCUUUGAGAAUGUACCAUCACUUUUUAGAAAACAGAAAGAAGACUACGUCUGAUGAGAAAACUAACAUCCAAGAGGUGGAAAGUAAUUGCUUAGCUCUACAAGAGAUGGAAGAUUUGUGUAAACUGCAUUGUCUCAGUGUGGUUUUCCUACUCCACUUACCUCUUUCUCAAAGAGCCUGCACUAGAUUCAUCACUUCUCAUUGGACUAAGAACAUUCACACUUUCUUAGAAAUGAAAAAGUGGUGUGAAUAUUUCAUCCUAAGUAAUAUAAACAUUUGUGAAUUCUGGAAUCUGAAUUUAAUUCACCUUUCAGACUUAAGUGAUGAGCUUUUGUUGAAGAAUAUUGCUUUUUACUAUGAAAAUGAAAAUAUUGAAGGCUUACAUUUGAAUUUGGGAGAUAUCAUUAUGAAAGAUUAUGAAUAUCUUUGGAAUACUGUGUCAAAGUUGGUUGGAAAGUUUGCUGUUGGAAAGCCAUUUCCUCUGAGAACAACAAAGCUUUAUUUUCUUGAAAAGAAUCCAUCACCAAUCAAAGAUACCUUCAAUGAAAAGAUUCCUAAUUUGGGAUUUAUUUCAAUGUCAUGUGAACUGGUUGAUAAGUUUGUUGGUGAUCUUUUGAAAGAUUUGCCUUUCUUAAAGAGCGAUGAUCCUAUUGUGACUUCACUAGUUAAACAAAAGGAAUUUGAUGAACUUGUGCAUUGGCAUUCUCACAGACCCCUUAGUGAUGAUUAUGAUAGGACAAAGUGUCAAUUUGAUGAAAAAUCUAGAGAUCCUCGUUAUCUUAGGUAUGUGCAGAAGUAUCAUGUUUUUCAACGAUUUUAUGGGAAUUCAUUAGAAUCAGUCUCUCCAAAAUUGGUUGUAACUCAAGCUGUCAAGCCAAAGAAUAAUUUCAGUGAACCCAAGAAGAAAAAGAAGGCACACGAGACCAAGGCUGAAAUAAUUACUAGAGAGAAUAAAAAGAGAUUAUUUGCUAAGGAAGAGGAAAAAGAGGAGAAAAAAUGGAGUGUUCUGUCAUUUUCUAUUGAAGAGGAAAUGAAAGAGAACUUAAACUCUGGAAUAAAGAAUCUGGAAGAUUUUUUGAAAUCAUGUAAAAGUAACUCAGUGAAAUUUCGAGUUGAAAUGGUAGCAUUGACUGCCUGCUUGAAAGCAUGGAAAGAACAUUGCCGAGGUGAAACCACAAAAGAUUUAAAUAUAGCUGUUCAAAUGAUGAAAAGGAUCCAUUCCUUGAUGGAAAAAUAUCCAGAACUUUUGCAGGAGGCAGAUCAGCAACUCAUGGCCAGAUGCCUGAAGUAUUUAGGAUUUGAUGAAUUGGCAAGUUCUUUAUAUCCAACCCAGGUUGCAAGAGAUGACAUAAAGAAGAAAAUAGAUAAAUACUCAAUUGGCAUUGGGCCAGUUCGGUUUCAACUACAGUACAUGGGCCAUUAUUUGAUACGAGAUGAGAGAAAAGAUCCAGAUCCCAGAGUUCAGGAUUUUAUUCCUGACACAUGGCAGCGAGAGCUCCUUGAUGUUGUGGAUAAUAAUGAGUCAGCAGUGAUUGUUGCCCCAACGUCCUCAGGCAAAACCUACGCUUCCUACUACUGCAUGGAGAAGGUGCUGAAGGAGAGCAGUGAAGGGGUGGUUGUGUAUGUUGCACCAACAAAGGCUCUUGUUAAUCAAGUGGCAGCAACUGUUCAGAAUCGUUUCACCAAAAAUCUGCCAAAUGGGGAAGCUCUAUGUGGUGUUUUUACAAGGGACUAUCGUCACGAUGCCCUAAACUGUCAGGUACUUAUUACAGUUCCUGCCUGCUUUGAAAUUCUGCUAUUAGCUCCUCAUCGCCAAAAGUGGGUGAAAAGGAUCAGAUAUGUUAUAUUUGAUGAGGUCCAUUGUCUUGGUGGAGAAAUUGGAGCAGAAGUCUGGGAGCAUCUCCUUGUCAUGAUCCGAUGCCCUUUUCUGGCUCUUUCAGCUACCAUAAGUAACCCUCAGCAUCUCACUGAGUGGCUACAAUCAGUAAAGCACUACUGGAAACAAGAAGACAAUACAUUGAGAAAAAAUACUGCUUUAAAAAAAAAUGCUGUCUGUUGUGCCAAUUCUCCCAAAGAUUACUUCCAAAUAAAGGAAUCAUAUAAAGUUAGACUUGUGCUCUACGGUGAGAGAUACAAUGAUUUAGAGAAGCAUAUAUGUUCAAUAAAACAUCACGACAUCUGUUUCGAUCAUUUUCACCCAUGUGCCGCACUAACAACAGAUCAUAUUGAAAAGUAUGGAUUUCCUUCUGAUCUUACCCUUUCCCCUCGAGAAACGAUCCAGCUUUAUGAUACCAUGUUUCAAUUCUGGGAAAGCUGGCCCAGGGCCCAGGAAUUUGAUCCAGAAAAAUUCAUUCAUUUUAAAAAUAAAACAGUCAUUAAAAAGUUGGAUGCUAGAAAAUAUGAAGAGAGCUUAAAGGCAGAAUUAACAAGCUGGAUCAAAAAUGGCCAUGCUGAGGAGGCCAAAAUGGUUCUGAGGAAUCUUAGUCCUGAUUCAGUUUUUAGUUCAGAAAACAUGACAAGAAUGUUUCCACUUCUCGUUGAAAAGCUAAGGAAAAUGGAAAAGUUACCGGCAAUAUUUUUUUUAUUCAGCUUAAAAGAUGUAGAAGAAACAGCUAACCGGGUGAGAAGUUCCCUGGAGAAAAAGCAAGAGAGUCAAAGGCCUCCCAAAGCUGAUAAAGAAGCCCAUGAUAUAACUAACAACCUUCGAAAAGUUAAAAAAUCCAUUGAGAAACAAAGGACAAUAGAUGAAAAAAGCAAGAAAAAUCCCAGGAAAAUGGAUCAAAGGCUAAUAUCUGAAGCUGAACAUAGUAAUCUACUCAAGAUUUUGGAGAAGAACCUGGAAAUCCCUCAAGAGUGCACUUACGCUAAUCAAAAAGCGAUAGACACGGAGACUUUGCAGAUGGUGUUUGAUCGAGUAAAAUUCGCAAGAAAAGGUGCAGAGCUGAAGGCUUUGGCAGAAAGGGGUAUUGGCUACCAUCACAGCUCUUUAAGUUUCAAAGAAAAACAGUUAGUUGAGAUUCUUUUUAGGAAAGGAUUUAUUAGGGUGGUGACAGCUACUGGGACACUUGCUUUGGGAAUCAACAUGCCUUGCAAAUCUGUGGUUUUUGCUCAAAACUCGAUCUAUCUGGAUGCUUUAAAUUACAGACAGAUGUCUGGACGUGCUGGAAGACGAGGUCAAGACCUGCUGGGAGAUGUAUAUUUUUUUGAUAUUCCAUUGCCCAAAAUAGAAAAACUCAUUAAAUCCAAUGUUCCUGAACUGAGAGGACAGUUCCCUCUUGGCAUUACCCUGGUCCUGCGACUCAUGCUGCUGGCUUCCAAGGGAGACGACCCAGAGGAUGCUAAAGCAAAGGUGCUGUCAGUGCUAAAGCAUUCAUUGCUGUCCUUCAAAAAACCCAGAGUCAUGGAGAUGUUAAAACUUUAUUUCUUGUUUUCUUUGCAAUUCCUUGUGAAACAGGGCUAUUUAGAUCAAGAAGGUAAACCAAUGGGGUUUGCUGGACUUGUAUCACAUUUGCAUUAUCAUGAGCCUUCUAAUCUUGUUUUUGUCAGUUUCCUUGUAAAAGGCCUUUUCCACAAUCUCUGUCAGCCAACUAGGAAAGAUUCAAAACAUUUUUCUCAAGAUGUUAUGGAAAAGCUAGUGUUAGUAUUGGCAAAUCUGUUUGGAAGAAGACUUCUUCCAGCAAAGUUCCAGGAUACUACUGUCAAGUUUUAUCAAUCAAAGGUGUUCCUUGAUGAUCUCCCUGAGGAUUUUAACGAUGCUUUACAUGAGUAUAACAUGGACGUUACAAAAGCCUUUGCCUCUUUCCUACUAAAUGUUUCCAAAUUGGCUGAUAUGAAACAGGAAUAUCAACUCCCAUUGUCAAAAAUAAAUUUCACAGGGAAAGAAUGUGAGGACUCUGAACUUGUGUCUCACUUGAUGAACUGCAAAGAAGGAAGAGUAGCUAUUUCUCCAUUUGUUUGUCUCUCUGGGAACUCUGAUGGUGAUUUGCUUCAACCAAAUACUCCAAACCAUGUCAUUUUACGCACAAUUGGUAUCAAUCACAAUCAGGCUCCUGUGUUGUGGUCACAGGUAUUUGAUAACCAAGGAAGAAGAAUGCCACUUAAUGCUUAUGCACUUGAUUUCUAUAAACAUGGUUCCUUGACAGGACUAGUCCAGGACAACAGGAUACAUGAAGGAGCUGCUUAUCAGUUGUUGAAAGAUUUUGCACUCACCAUUAAAUCUAUCAGGCUUUAUCUGACUCUGGUCUCUCAUGUUGGCUUUCUGUUUCCAUCUUUAGCAGAGUACAGUGGGGAUUCAAACAACUCUAAACUUUCUAUGGAUAUACCCAUCCUAAGGGUUUAUUACAAGGUCCACCCUUAG